AUGAAAUUUAAAUACAUCCUUUGUUUGGGUUCAGCUUUCGGGAUCCUCUACCUCUCCAAGUCUGUGAUUAAGCAAGUAAGCUGUAAUUCAAAUCAAAUUAGUUUAUUAAAUUGAAAACUUUGUCUGGAGUGAGAUCAUCCAAAAAUUAUUUGCUUUUAAAGAUUUUACAGCAAGGUCAAUAAUAGAAGGGACUGUAAUUUUACACUCACAUGUACAUUACCGGAACUUCGCAUAAAACAGAAGGUUUGAGAGAUGCUAACCCGCGAUUAAGGAACUAUUUACUCAUUUCUUAAAUGGGGUUUAGAUAUGGCUAGGAAGCAUUCUUUUCUAACAGAGUGAUUGAUCGCGCACCUACUUUCAAACUAAAAAAUUCAUACGAUUUGGAAGUACAAGUUAACGCUUUGAAUGAGUUUAAUUUCAAUUUGGAGAAGGCCCUCGUAAUAUUUUAGGAGAAUAUGAGUUUUUGGGGACAGACUCUCUUUAAUCUCGGGCUGAUGAAGAGAGAAAUAAUUGCUGGUCUACCUGUAUGUUAUACAUUCAUUUAAUUUAUCUAGUAUAAUAAAUAGUAUUUGAUUUUUGGGGACUUCAUCCAUAAUCCAGAGACUCAAGUGUUGAGGUGUUACAGGAUUAGAAAAUUGGCUGAGGUUUCAGAUUAUCAGGGUCUCCGUUUUCAAUUCUAUUUGGCAAACAUCAUUUAAAUUUUGGGGGAGAUUGGAAUGGCGGCUUAUCUGUUGCAUUUCCUAUAUAGGUAAUUAAGGUAAUUCUUGAAGCAUGACAUUCAAGAUGUCCUUAUUUCCUAGCAUCAUCAAACAUUAAGAUGCUUGCAAUGCAAAGAAAGCAGGGCCAAUAUAAUUUAUGAGCCUUGCUUUCAUAUGAUUUGCUGUAUGGAGUGCGCAAAAAAUCAGGUGCAGUGUUCGAUUUGUUAGAAGAAGAUAUCGAAAUAAAUAAAGGUCUUUAAUGAUUGA